AACCAACCAAAAAUAAUAAUAAAAGCCUGCCUAACCACCUAAUCCUUUAUCUACUGCUAACAAUUGGAUGUCAUUGACCUCCUACCAUCAUAAUAAAACUUAAUUCGCACGCCAGCUGGUCCCUUCAGCAUCAAGCAAACCAAAAAAUAGAGAAUGGGCUACAAGAAGAAAUCAUUUCCUGUAUCCUAACAUUAUUAGAAUCGAACGAGGCUUUCACAAAUGCCAUCAAAGAAGAAACUUUUCUUCCUUUUCAUCCUCAUCUCAUCCACAUUGUCCAUCUACAAACUCAUCAAAAUCACUAUUACCGCAAGGAGCCCUUCCAUCCGCCUACCAGGAAUCCCCUGCUCCCCAAAAUACUCACCUUUUGAACCUCACAAGCUCACGCGUCACACAAUCUUCCAGGAAGAAGCGCCACUCACCCUCAAAGAGCUCAACCUUCUCUCAAGCAUUAUAGCCCGAAAUCAAAGCCGUAACCUUCUCUUCUUUGGUCUCAAUCCGCAAUUCCUUUCCCUUGCAGAAGCUAACAUCGGGGGCUCGGCGAUCUUCCUCGAAGAUGAUUUUGAAAGGAUUCGAAAAUUUCACCGCAAAACAUAUAGAAAUGUUGCUGUUCAUAUGGUCAGAUAUAAUGAAAAGGCUGGCAAAGCUUAUGAGCUACUUAAGCAUGGAAGAGAGCAUAAACAUUGUAGUCGAAAAGCAAUUAAAUAUGUUGGUGGCUCAAGAUGUAGGCUGGCAUUAAGUAGCCUCCCGCAAGAAAUUUAUGAGAAGACUUGGGAUGUUGUGGUGGUCGAUGGGCCAAGAGGUGACAAGCCAGAAGCACCAGGGAGAAUGGCUGCAAUCUACACGGCGGCGAUAAUAGCAAGGAUGGGAAGUGGUACUGAUGUAGUUGUGCAUGAUGUGGAUAGGAUGAUUGAGAAAUGGUACUCCUGGGAAUUCCUCUGUCAGGAAAACUUGUUUUCUGCAAAAGGGAAACUUUGGCAUUUCAGAAUCGAGGGGAGCUUUCUGCCUGAUGGCUUUUGCUCGGAAAAGAAGGUUCAGGUUCUGUGAGCACGUUUAUGCUUCAAUGUUGAGGCUAAAUUGGAAAAAACUAGAAAGAAAGACAACAGAGCUGGCGGUAAUAUAUAUAACAGUACCAAUCUCAUUUGACAAAAGGUAAACAUUGGCAAUUCCGUUUAUAGUUAUACAGCGAAUACACGGCUCAACUUGGCCUGUUGGUUGAGAGCUUAGACUUCCAACUAAGAGGUUUGGGUUUGAGUCUUUGUGUAUGCGUUGUGUGUUUGAGUUUGCCUUAAAUGGCCUAAAUGUCCCAAAAAAAAGUUAUACAGUGAAUGGAGGAAGUAUCUUCGUUGAAAUUAAUUCAGCAUAUUAUAAGAAUGAUGUCAUGCAUAAAAGAAUUUGGCUACAAUUUUUCUGCUGAAAUAAAUGAAAGAUUCUGA